UCUUGCGUGUAUUCACUAAUAGAAGGAAAGUAGGGCUCCUGGUACCGGUCAGCCAGGAAAUAGCUCAAAUAUCUAUAAAAGUGCUUUAAAAAUGUCUGCUCGCUCAGGAGUUUAGGAUGUGAAUCUUGUAUGAGAAGCAUAGAAGCACAACCCCUGCGCUUGCUCAAUGAGUAAUGAGUGCGUUCUGGAGCAUGUCGAUGAACGCCGGCCGUAAGAGAUCUGAGAACGAGGAGCAGGGUGGUCCAGGUGAGCAGAAAGCAAGUCCGGCACGUCCUCCCUUCGGGAAGAAGCAGCUCCCGUCCAUACCUAAGAAUGCAGUUCCAGUCACUAAAGCAUCCUCACCCGCUUUAUCGACGCAGGCCGCCAACGGCACACACGCCUCCUAUGGACCAUUUUACCUGGAGUAUUCCCUUCUCGCAGAGUUUACGCUGGUGAUCAAGCAGAAACUCCCGGGCAUCUACGUUCAGCCCUCUUACAGAUCAGCCCUGAUGUGGUUCGGUGUGAUUUUCAUCCGCCACGGCUUGUACCAGGACGGCGUUUUUAAGUUCACGGUGUAUAUUCCGGAUAACUAUCCUGAUGGAGAGUGUCCCAAAGUGGUGUUUGACAUCCCGGUGUUUCACCCACUGGUGGACCCUGUUUCUGGAGAGCUGGACGUGAGGAGAGCGUUCACCAAGUGGAGACGGAACCAUAACCACAUCUGGCAAGUGCUAAUGUACGCAAGGACCAUCUUUUACAAGAUUAACACUAUGGAACCACUCAACCCUGAAGCUGCUGUAUUAUAUGACAAGGAUAUUCAGCUCUUUAAAAGUAAAGUGGUCGACAGCGUGAAACUAUGCAACAGCCACCUUUUCGACCAGCCCAAGAUCGAUGAUCCUUAUGCAAUAAGCUUCUCUCCGUGGAACCCAACUGUGCACGACGAGGCAAAAGAGAAGAUGUUCACACACAAAAGACGACCUGAAGAUCAGCCGAAAGGGCUGCAAGUGUCGGGACUGUCGUGGGUGAAACCUGGAUCCACACUGCCGUUCAGUAAAGAGGAGUAUCCACUCCAGACCUGAAUCUACUGCACCGGAGGAGGUGGUGGUGGUGGUGGUGGUGUAAGGCUCCAUCCAGUGCCACUUGGACUUGCUGUGGCUGCCUAAAUCUAGAAAUCUCAAAGCAGUUCCAUGAACUUCAUUUUAUUAUUCUACAUUUGCUCAGCUUUAAAGAAAUUUUCAUAUAGACCUCCUCUUGCUGAAACAGCUUUAGAUCUUUUUUUUUUUUUUUUUUUAAACCAGGUUAUUUGGUAUAGACCUGAACGGAUGUUAAUCAUGCCAAGGUAAGAAUGCAAUGAACUUGCAUACUGUGCAGAGCUCAUUAUUUAAACUUUUUUUUUUCUCUUUCUUUUUCCUUUCCUCUCCAAAUGCAACAGGCCACCUCACUAGUUUGUGGGAGAGCAUUCGAACGGUUCUUGGUAGUAAAUUCACCAUGUUCAGUAGGUGGUUAGAUAUACAGCUUAUGAUUUGAGGGAUUAUUUGCUUAAAUUGUAAACAAAACGAUAAAAUCCAAGCUUACUGCCUACCAACAGCACUGGCUUUAUGAUCUGGUCAUUCAUAAACUGUCCAAGCGAAUCCAAUCUACAAAAUGCUGUCAUCGGUUCAUGUUACCGAAGAUGUAAUUUGACCCUAACAUCUUGGUCAGUGCCUGCCAGAUCUAAUUUGAUAAACUGGUAGAACAGAAAGCUUGGGUUUUGUAAACAAAAUAUAUAGUUUGAGUUGAAGUUGGCUUUGAUUUUAUUUAUGUUUUAUCCACAUUUCUUUUUCAAUACACAUGACUACAUUUAAAUAAUUUUUUUUUUUAAAGUUACAUCUUGCCUUUUUCAAAAGGUAAACUGGUUAUCACUACACUUUUUUGCUGUGUGUGUUGGUUUUUUUUCUUUUUAUUAAAGUUGAUUUUUUGUUUUAUUUCAUCCCAUUUGUGUAAUGAACUAUACUGUGUUUAAAUAGUUGUAAUAUAUAAUGCAGAGCAAGGGGAAUACCUUUUUUAGGUAUGACAAUAAGUUAUGCAUAAUUUCUUUCCAUACUGUAUAGUGAAUGUUUGUUUAUUAAUGAAUGGAUGAUGCUGCCAUUUGUUGAAAUGAAAGGCCAUGCUCUGAGGUUCACUAAUAACUACCAGUUUAUUUAUAUACAAAUAUAAAAUGGUUAAAGCUUUGGUUUUUAUUUUUAUUCUCAUGCUAUUCAUGUCUCUCCCCCCCCACCCCACCCCUUGUUUAAUAUGAAGGCUGGACUGUGUAAGUGGUGUAAGGUUUUAAAGUGCUAUCUUGAAGCCAAUAAAUUUAAGAUUUAAAUUUCA